AUGCCCGAUAAGCCCGCCACAGUCGCCGCCUACGCGGUCGGUGCCUCUCUUGCCGCCAUCACCCUCUUCUACGUCUUCGGCCCCAACUUUACCAUUGAUGGAGAGGAGUCGAACAAAAAUGGGCGCAAAAAGGGCGUUGUCGGCCUGGUGAACCCGGCCAAUGACUGUUUUAUAAACUCCGUCUUGCAGGCCCUCGCGGGCCUGGGCGAACUGCGCCUCUACCUCAUCCGCGAACUGCACCGGCGCGAGCUCGAUGGCCCCGAGAUCUACAACCAGCUGCCGGAUCCCGAUGAGAUUCCCCCGGGCCAAAAUCAAAGCCCCGACAGGAUCAGGGGACUGCAGCAGGGCACGGUGACGCUGGCACUCAAGGAGAUGUUGGACCGGCUCAAUGAGCGGCCCAUCUACAAGAAGACCAUCUCUGCGCGGCCAUUUAUCCAGGCCCUCGAGUAUGCCUUCCGCACGCGGAUUAGUCGCAAUCAACAGGAUGCGCAGGAAUUUUUACAGAUCGUGGCGGAGCGGCUCUGCGACGAAUAUCACGCAGGGAUCAAGGCACGACAGCGGGCACUGCGGUUGGGACAGCUACCAACAGGCCAUGAACUGCCCCCUCCGGCUGUAAAUGGAGCUACAAAUGAGGAGGAUUCUGCAGAAUCAACAGAGAUACCGGUGCACAUCGAUGAUGGGUCCGAGAACGGGUUACCCGCCAUCAUCGACACGAAGCUGAAGGAAAUCGACAACGAGUACGGUUUCCCCUUCGAAGGUCAGCUAGAGUCACAAAUCGAAUGUCAGUUCUGCCACUAUCAAUACCGGCCAAACAAGACGUCGUUUGUCAACCUGACGCUGCAAGUCCCGCAAAAGAGCUCCGCCACGCUGAGCUCGUGCUUUGAUGGGCUUCUAAAGACGGAGUACAUUGAUGACUUCCGGUGCGAUAAAUGCCGGCUGCAGCAUGCGCUGGAGCUCAAGCUCCUUGCCAAGGCCAAAUCCAGGUCCAAGGAUGAGCAGCAACGCUUGGACAGCGAAAUAUCCCGCAUCCAAGAAGCUCUCGAGACGGACCCCGAGCAGCCGCUGGAGGGAGUGAACCUUCCCCCCGCAGACCUGGCGCCGAAGCGAAGAAUCGCACGACACAUGAGAAUCACAGUUUUCCCCAAGAUCAUUGCUAUCCAUCUGUCUCGCUCGAUUUUCGACAGGAGCAGUUCCACCAAGAAUAGCGCCAAGGUAUCCUUUCCUGAGCGUUUACCUCUCGGUGGGAUUCUUAGUCGCAAGUGGUACAAGCUCCUGGCGAUUGUCUGCCACAAGGGCAGCCACAACAGCGGCCACUAUGAGUCUUUUCGGAGGAGUCAUCUUUACCCUCCAUUCUCGACGCCGGACGUCUUCAGAUCCUACGCCCAGAGUCGGGCGGCCAGUGAGACACCAUCUGCAGCAGCCAGUCCCCGUACUUCCGCAAUGAAGAAGUCAUCACUAGAAGUGCAACCCAGCCCUCUCAGUAUUUCUCCUUCCGCGUCUUCUAUCUCUUUGUCGAGCGCAUCUCCAUCCUCACCGGCUCCGUCCACAUCGACAUCCACCCGUCCUCCCUCACGUGGCACCUCCCAACACUCCCCGACGACACAACCGUCACCAUCUCUCUCUUCCUCGAAUCCUCGUGUCUCCAUUCAAAGCAGUCGUUCCAAUUAUACCUCCUCGGGGCGACCUUCCGAAGCCACGGACGGGGCUGUUGGCGGAGGUACUUCCUCUCCUCAAGGCAAAUCCAAGUCUAGCUCUUCUACGAAGGAUGCGACGGCAAAGACGACGUCGCGCACAUCGUUCGACGUCUCCGGCAUGAGCACUCAGCGUCUGCUGCGGAAACGCAAGAAGAACGACCGCUGGUGGCGGAUCUCGGACGAUAAGGUCAAGGAGUGUAAGACGAGCGACGUGUUGAGCAUGCAGAAGGAGGUCUACCUGCUGUUCUACGAAAUGGAACGACCGACUCCCAGCUCUGCUCCGGAAGCAGCGACAAAGCUAUGA